AUGAAGACACUAAGCACUGGCUUUAUCCUUGGAACACUGGCAUUUGCUUUCUACUUGCCUAUAAUAGUGACAUUCCAUCAAGCACUCACAAUUCCUGCAAAGUUGAAGCAGGCUCAUGGAAGAGUGAUCGUCAAUGCUACACCCUGCACAGUCACCUGUGGCCUGGGCUAUAAGGAGGAGAGCACCUGUGAGGUGGGCCCUGAUGGGGUGAGAAGGAAAUGUGAGACUCACCAAACUGAAUGCUUGACCAAUUGGAUUUGUGGGAUGGUCCACUUUACUGUUGCCAUUGGGAAGGCAUUUGAUCUGACCUGUCUGAGUCCAGACAUCAUCCUCUAUGGGCAUGAAGCUUUCCGUUUCACCUGGAUGUUUGCCCGUGGCAUCAUCUCCACCGAUGAUGAGUUGUUUAAACCUUUUCAGCGCUCUGUCCAUUCUGUGAAGCUGGAUCCUGCCCGAGAGGUUGAUUCAGGCACCUAUAGGUGUGAUGUCCAGUUGCUGAAGAAUUUGAGGUUUGUCAAGAGAGUCUACUUUGCACUGAGGGUCAUUCCUGCUAACUUAGUGAACCUCAACUUUGAUGAGUCCCUGACUGAGGUGCAGAAAUUAAUAGAUGAGGGAUUGGACCUGGAUCUAGAUACACCUGUCCAUCUCCGACGCUCAUUAUGGAAUAAAAAGGUCUUGUUAGCACUGGGGAUAGGAAUUACAGGGGGAGUUAUUGUAGGUGUGCUGGUAAGUAUAGCUGUUCACUCUUUGCCAAAAACUAACAAAGGAGAGGUCAAGACAGAGAUGUAA